AUGCUCCUAUUCCUCGACUCUAUAGUUUCUCUCCUCUAUAUUUUUAAGAAAUUCUUUAUAGUUAGUUUCCCCUAUACAAAGAUCGGAAAAAUUUGCCCGUCGCUUCGAAGAGCAUGGUAUGGCAAGAGAGCUCUUGCGGUGGUCCGACCCAAUGACCAGGAUUCGCAUGUGGUCACCCACCAUACUACUAACUGGCCGGCGUGUGGCUUAAGUACGGCUGAGCGGACGGGAAGCCCUGUUCUCCACACCCUAUGGUCGUAUGUGCCAGAAAGAGAAGAGAAGAGGAAGAAAUAG